CACAACAGUUUUCGACGAACAGCAACAGAAGAGCAAAGAUGGCGAGAAAGGUGCGCUCUUCCCCAUAGCCUUGCGCGAUUCCUCGCGUCCUAGUGCGAUGUCGAGUCUCCUCCGCUGCAAAUGUUGCAAAAUUUGCAGCGGAGAUACUCCUACAUUUUUAUAUUUAAAGUUGAAGAAUGACUGAGGGGGCCGUUUGAUAUGUAGAGACGUGCCAACGAGAUGAACAACGCCGAGGAGGCCGAGGCCGACCACCACUCACCUGCCGCUGAGGAGACGAAGCCGACGAAUGAGGAGCCGAAGGAGGCUAACGAUAACAGCAGCGUCAGCAGCCAGGAGGGGUCAACUGAGCCGCAGCCGGAGCCUUAUCGCAAGAAACUGAAAGAGGGCGAGCCGGGUACCCUCACUGGCCGCCCCCUGCGUCUGUAUGCCGACGGUAUCUUCGAUCUCUUCCACUUUGGUCAUGCCAAGGCUCUGCAGCAAUGCAAGGAAGCCUACCCGAACACGUAUCUGCUGGUUGGAUGCUGCAGUGACGAGAUUACGCACAAACUCAAAGGCCGUACCGUCAUGACGGACAAGGAACGCUAUGAAUCACUUCGUCACUGUAAGUGGGUGGACGAGGUGGUGGAAGACGCACCCUGGGUACUCUCGGAUGAGUUCCUGGAGAAGCACAAGAUCGAUUACGUGUGCCACGACGCACUGCCGUACUCGGACGCUUCGGGUGAGGCAUCGGAGGGCGAUGUGUACGCUCGUAUUAAGGCGAUGGGCAAAUUCUUGGAGACUCGGCGUACGGAUGGCAUCUCUACGUCGGAUCUGAUUAUCCGGAUCAUCGCCGAAUACGACACGUUCAUUCGUCGUAACCUGGCGCGUGGAUACUCGGGCAAGGACAUGAACGUCCCGUUCAUCAAGGAGAAGAGCAUCAAGUUUGAUAUGGCAGUAGAUAAGGUGCGCAACGACGUCGACGGCUUCGUGCACAAGUGGAUGAACAAGGCCGAUGAGAUGCAGCACAACUUCCUGGAGCUGUUCAGCAAAGAAGGCCGUCUGCGCACAUCGUUCCGCAAACGCCGAAAGAUCAUCAAGGAGCGAUUGUCGGAGCGUAUGUCGGAGAUGGCGCGUGAAGGGCUGUGCUAAAUGAAGCUGCUGUUGGUGUUCUCAAGCCCCUCUUGCUUAGACUUGAGGUGGUAAAAGAGAAAAUCAGGUUCAGGUCUUUAUCUUUGAAUUGUGCAUCUUGGUUUCUAUGGUGAUUGAAUCAUUAACUGAGCAAUGAAUGGUAUUUCGCUUAUGUGUACCCGUGUUGUUUCAUCCCGUGCGUCGCCACGUUCAGCACGACGCGCACUUUGCCUGCAGAUGUGACUCGUGUAACCUCGCGGCUAUCACUUUGGGCUACGAACUUGGAGUCGAAGUAUUCGGGUGGGGAACCCGUUAACCACGCUAUAAACUGCUGUAUCCGUGACGACGACAUUGGCCGAAAUAGCGGCACCUCACGCACAGAGCAGCCAGGUGACACUGGGAACGCGACGGAGCCGUAGCCCCGUACCACGUCGCGACCCAGUGCGUCGAGUCCAUACAGACUAAGUACCAAGCGAGGCCAGCCGAAUGGGUUGGUACUUUUGAAUGAUACAUCGAUAGGGAAGUUGAGCAGGAUUUCGUCUUCGUUGCUGGCUAGAUACGCAAUCUGCGAGAGUCCGUUCUCAGCUCCCUGUAGCCCAAAUGCUCGCGGUAAGUUCCUUUAGUAGUGACAACGGUACUGUAAUAGGGACAUACAUGAAGUACGCGCCAGUCAACGCCGUAGGUUAUGGUAUAACGGCAGUACACAUUCGUAACACCUGGAUACUACUAGCGGGAAUAGUUUAGAUAUUACGCUUGAGUGGAUCAUUCGCUUUAUUAACGUACAUGUACCC